CCUGAUCAUUACCUUACAUACAUACGGAGUAGACGCAGUCAACAUUCACUAUCCUCUGUGUAAAGGUAUAUCCGUGCCCGUAUUCACGAUAGCCCUCACCAUCUCACAAUUGCCACCCCCAAAAUCCGAGAAAAAUGACCGACUCGGCCUCUUACCUCGUCUGCCCAAUCUGUGGCACACAGCACGCCACACCGGACCGUUCCGCGCUCCCCAGCUGCUUCAUCUGCGAUGAUCCACGACAGUAUACCCCGCCGUCUGGCCAGACCUUCACCACCCUCUCCGACCUCCGCAACUCGGGUACUUACCGCAACGAAUUCCUCCCCGUCGACUUAUCGGACUCGGACUCUUCCAACCGGAACCUGAACAACCCCUCCGGUUCCUCGGGCACCACUGGCAGCAGCUGCCUCACGUCGAUCGUUACCAAGCCCAAAUUCGCCAUCGGCCAGCGCGCCAUCCUGGUCCGGACCCCCAGGGGCAACGUCCUGUGGGACUGCGUUACGUAUCUUGACGAAGCGACGGCCGCCGAGAUCCAGGGGUUGGGGGGUCUGAAGGCCAUGGUCAUCUCGCACCCGCACUUUUACUCGGCCCACCUGGAAUGGGCUGAGCGCUUCGACUGCCCCGUCUAUCUCAGCGCCGAGGACAAGGAAUGGCUCGCGCGGCGGAGUGAUAAGCGGCAGGUCUUUCUCGACCAGACGGAGAACAGGAUUGAGAUUGAUGGGCAGGAUUCCGGUGUCAGGGCCAUCAAGCUCGGGGGACACUUCCCCGGGAGUUUGGUCCUUCUCUACGAGGGACAUCUCCUGACGGCUGACACGCUGCACAUGACGCCGUCCGGGUUGGCCAAUUGGAACAUUGACGCCCUGGGCAGGCCGAGAGAACGGCCCAAAGGCGUGAAUACAUUCUGCUUUAUGUGGAGCAUUCCAAACCAAAUCCCCCUGAGUCCCAGCGAGAUGGCGCGAAUGUGGGGCAUUCUCCGGAACUAUGACUUGAAGAGCGCCCAUGGCGUCUUCGUCGGUUCGGACAUCGAGGACGGCCGUAUCAAGGAGCGGGUGCUGGAGAGUAUGCAGAUACAGACCAGGGCCAUGGGCUACGCCGAGCAUCCAUUGUUGUUCGAGGUGGUAUAGGCCUGGGCUGAGUUGGUUGUAACUUGAGGACAAGGACAUGAUACAGGAACGCCUGCGGCAAAGAGUCUAUAAAUCUAAAACCUUAUUAGAACAUGCUGAAAAUCCCGAA